UCUCACAUUCUCAACUCUUACAAGUAUUUCCUUUAAAAUUUUAUAAUAUAUAUAUAAUCAUCAAUAAUUCGCUAAGACGUUAGCUAGCUAGAACAAUAUACAUCUGAUCGAUCAACCAUGUCACUGCUUUUUCUUUUUCUUGUUUCGUCUAUCCCUCUCCUUUUUCUCUUCUACUUUCUAUCGAAAAUCUUCAAAAAUACUAAAAAAUCAAGACGUAAUCCACCAGGCCCUCCAGGACUACCUUUCAUUGGAAACUUGCAUCAGAUCAAUAACUCAAGCAUCCAUACUUCCCUAUGGCAACUUUCCAAGUCCUAUGGCCCGAUCAUAUCCCUCCGUUUGGGUUUCAUCCCAACUAUCGCUAUUUCUUCAGCAAAUCUUGCGAAAGAAGUCAUGAAAACCCAAGAUAUAAAUUUUUGUAGUAGGCCAAGUUUGCUUGGCCAACGAAAGUUAUCUUAUGAUGGCCUUGAUGUAGCCUUUUCUCCCCACAAUGAAAAUUGGAGAGAUAUGAGAAAGAUUUUUGUCCUUCAUUUGUUCAGUCCUAAAAGGAUUCAGUCUUAUAGACAUAUUCGUGAAGACGAGGUCUCAAAUGCCAUGGAGAAGGUACGCAACCUAUCUCUUUUGUCUAAGCCUGUAAAGCUAGGCAAACUAAUUAAAAGUGUCACGAGUACUAUCAUGUUGAGGGUGGCUUUUGGCAAGAGGUACCAAGAUGGAGAUGAAAGGAAGAAGGCACUUAGACUACUUGAUGAACUACAAGCGACCAUGGCAGAUAUAUAUGUAUCUGAUAUUUGGCCCGGUCUGCCUUUCAUUGGUUUGGUUGAUAGGUUCAUAGGCAAGAUGGAUCGGCUAGAGAAAUGCUUCCAAGAUUUUGAUUCAUUUUACCAAGAAUUUAUUGAUGAACACCUCAUGAGUCUACAAAACUCUAAGUCCUGCGAGGAAGACGAGGAUGUAUUAGACAUCUUGCUGCGACUUAUGAAACAUGAUACAUCUGGCCGCGCUCAGAAUCAAAUUAAAGCCAUGCUCAUGAACGUAUUUGUUGCCGGAACAGAUACUAGUGCAGCAACGGUGGUUUGGGCGAUGACAUUAUUAAUGAAGAACCCUAAAGCAAUGAAGAAAGCUCAAGAAGAAGUGAGAAACGUAGAUGGAAAUAAGGGGAAAAUAGACGAGGAUCAUCUUCCUAAACUCGCCUAUUUGAAGGCAGUGGUAAAAGAGACCUUGAGGCUAUACCCCCCUACUCCACUUCUAUUGCCUCGAGAAACGAAAAAAGAUGUUAGUGUGCAAGGUUACACAAUCAAGCGAAAAUCUACAGUGUACCUAAAUGCAUUGGCUAUUGGAAGGGACCCUGAAUCUUGGGAUAGCCCAGAAGAGUUCUUGCCAGAACGGUUUUUGGGUAGUGAUAUUGACUUCAAAGGAAAUCAUUUCGAGUUGAUUCCUUUUGGGGCCGGCCGCAGAAUAUGCCCUGGAAUGUUAAAAGGGGUUGUCAUGGUAGAGCUUUUACUUGCCAAUCUUCUUUACUUGUUUGAUUGGGGGUUGCCAUAUGGCAUGGAGAAGGAAGAUUUGGACUUUGAAGUUAAUCCUGGGAUAACCAUGCAUAAGAAGAAUGAGCUUUGCCUUUUAGCUCAUAUGUACUUAUAAUUAAGCAACCAUUAUAAUUAUCUUACUAUAUGAUAUGUGUAUGAUAGUAAAAUAUAAUUGGUCUAUUAAUUAUGGAUACUUGCUUUUUAGAUUAAACAUCAUCAGUUUAAGCUCCUAUAUAUAUAUUCAUAAAAAGGGUAACUUUUUUUUUUA